AUGUCUACCGAGAACAAUGUUGUGUAUCAUGGCAACUGCCAUUGUGGCCGUUAUCGCUUCCAAGUCUCAACGCCAGAGAUUGUAUCGGCAAUCUCUUGCGCUUGUAGCCUCUGCGUGAAGAAGGGAUACUUGUGGCUUAUUCCGGCAGAGGGCUCGUUUACAGUUGUGAAAGAUGAAGGCUGCCUUGUGGAGUAUCGAACGUCUACCAUGAGAGAUAGGUUUUGUGGCUACUGCGGCAGUGGAGUUGAAGGCGAGCACCUCACAGGGCUUUUGAAAGACAAGUUCUUGGUUAAUAUCCGAACUCUGCGAGUACCAUACGUCAACCCAUUCAAUCUUGAACCUGCUUUGAGUGUCAUUGAGGCCGAAGGCGAUACCAGAUCGAUCGAAGCACUAUCGCGUGAACCUGGCGAGGCACCCGAAAAAGCUCUGUUUUCAUGUCAUUGUGGUGAUGUUCGGGCCGCUCUGCUAGGUCCACCGGAGGACGAAGAGCUGAAAGAAGACAACUGCAGUAAAUGUGUCAGAACGGCCUAUAUUGGUAUUUAUCCGACCAAAGACAACGUGACAAUCUAUGGUCGAGAUCGAGUCUUUGAAUACCUCACGGGAGGCAAGUUCACCGGAUCAACGUUCUGUAAAACUUGCGGUGUCCAUGUGUUUAGCAAUGUUUAUGGCCCCCCUAUAAGCGUCUUCGACAAACUUCCCCCAGAGAGGAAAGAGAGGGCGUUGGCGGUCUAUCACAAGAAUAUGGCCAUGCAGCCUUUGAAUGUGCGAGCGAUGGAAGGCGUUGUGUUCGAAACUCUUCGGCCGUUGAUCAAGAGAGAAGACGAGGGAACUGAGGGGUACGAAUUAGCCCCUUGA